AUGGACAAAAAAAUCAAGGCUUCGCAACUCAAAAAGAGGAUCGCAGUGGAAGGCCUCAAGACGCUAGAACGUUUUCAAGCGGAGUUUGUGCCCGAAUUUGCAAGCCAGAUUCCAGAAGCGUUGGAGGAUUUGGACAGGCACAAGUCAGGGUUUUUCAACUCGAUUGAGAAACUCGAAGAGCUGGAUGAAAACGACGCCAGCAUCGAGGCAUACAUCCAUGAGAGGAGUGAUUUUGAGGAUCGUCAUCGGAAGCUGAAAUCAUUCCUACGGGAAAACCAACCGAAGGAAGAGGGUACGCUACACGACACGACGGGUUUGGCUUCCUCGACGCUUGCCUUUUUUCGGCCAAACGCUUCUAACCUACGUCUGCCAAAGAUCGAGCUUCCAACGUUUGAUGGAGACCAUACAAGAUGGCUUUCGUUCCGAGAUCGGUUCAUAGCCAUGAUCGACGCGUCUGCAGAACUUCCCGCCAUCGCCAAGCUCCAGUACCUGCUUUCAUCGCUAAAGGGAGAAGCAGCUCUACCCUUUGAGCACACCCCUUUAACAUCCGACAACUAUCCUGUUACGUGGGCGGCACUUCUGAAGCGGUACGAUAAUUCACGGUUGUUAAUCCGUGAAUACUAUCGUAAAUUGCACCAUCUUCCGGGUGUGCAAUCGGUGUGCGUCGACAAGCUUACGCAUCUAGUGGACGAAUUCACUCGCUUUGUCAACGGAUUGGUGAAGCUGAAGGAACCGGUGGAUGCAUGGGACACGCCGCUUUCGAAUAUGCUGAUGAUGAAGCUGGAUCGUGAGACGCUGCUGGCUUGGGAAAAACAUUCCGUGCAUUUUCCUAAGGAUAAAUACAAGGAUGUGAUCGCUUUUGUGCAGGAUCGGAUCCAGAUCCUAAAGUCGACGAACGAUUUUGCGUGUGAGCAAAUUGUUAGUGGAAGAAAGGUGGCCGGCACUCAUCAUCCGGCAGUACAAAAAGGGUUCAUUGCAGACGCAGCUGCAUCAAACAUUCCCCAUUCCUCAACCCCGGCUCAUUCUCAGCGAUUGAAGUGUCCCUUAGCAUGCACCGACGCUCAUCUUCUACGCAACUGUCCGGUAUUCAUCGCUAAGGAUGUUCAGCAGCGACGAGAUGUCGUUACAAACAAGCACCUGUGUUGGAAUUGUUUGAGUGGCACUCAUCACGUCAAAUCAUGCAAAUCUGAUUAUUCGUGUAGAACGUGCCGUCAACGUCAUCAUACACUUCUUCAUAUCACUCCGGCCACAGCAGUUACCAUGGCAGCACAUUUGGAAGACGAUAAGGUGUUUCUAGAGACGGCACAGAUUGUGAUUCGAGAUGAUUACGGUAAUGAGCAUGAGGCAAGGGCUCUACUGGAUUCGGGGUCCAUGUCGAAUUUCAUCUCUGAGGAAUGCGCUCGAAAACUAUUGACCAACCGCAACAAGGUCAAUAUUGCUGUUUCGGGCAUCGGAAAUGCGGUGGUACAUCAAGUAAGGGGUUCGAUCGUCGCUACAGUUCGGUCCAAGAAUCAACCCUUCGCUACGGAAAUGGCUUUCUUGAUUUUGGACAAGCCAUCAGCUGCCAUCCCUACUUCAUUCUCGGACAUCUCAUCGUGGAAAAUGCCAGAUGUGGCAUUAGCUGAUCGCGCCUUCAACGUUCCGGGGGAAGUCGACAUCAUCAUCGGAGGCGAUACUUUCUGGGAGCUUCACACCGGUCGCAAACGCUCUCUCGGUAUGGGAAGACCGUGGCUGGUGGAAACCCAUUUCGGUUGGGUGGUCACCGGAAACAUUCAUCAUUCAUCUUCUGGUCCGCGACUGUGUCAUCUCGCAGCAAACGACAUACCAUUAGAAGACAUCAUGCAGCGGUUUUGGCAGAAUGAAACCAUAGCCGAGGAUACUGUCUUAUCGGUGGAAGAAGAUGCCUGCGAAAGACACUACGUGGCUACUACCGUCCGCAACACUUCGGGAAGGUAUGUCGUUAGUUUACCGUUUAAUUCCAAUCCUCAUAUCGUUUUAGGGGAUUCUAAAAACACAGCAGAUCGCAGGCUUCGUUGUAUGGAACGUCGUCUGAGCGAUAACCCUAAAAUGAAGGAGGAGUACGUGAAAUUCAUGGUCGAGUACGAGCGUUUGGGUCACAUGAAGAGGUUAAGUGAUCCGGUAGACGAUUCGGUUCAGCACUACUACCUUCCUCAUCACGCAGUAGUGAAGGAGACAAGCACAACAACCAAAGUCCGAAUCGUGUUCAAUGCAUCGUGCAAGUCUUCGUCUGGCUAUUCACUCAACGACAAGCUACUAGUUGGGCCGGUGAUCCAAGACGACCUGUUCACCAUCAUUGUGCGCUUCCGGUCACAUGCAAUCGCGCUAUCAGCAGAUGUGGAGAAAAUGUACCGUCAAAUUCUCCACGAACCUAGCGACGGAAGGUACCUUCGCCUUCGGUACCGGGAAAGUCCUGCACAGCCAAUUCAGACCUUCCAGUUGCUGACAGUAACCUACGGAACCGCAUGUGCACCAUUUUUGGCAACGCGGACUUUAAAGCAAAUUGCGCAUGACCACAAGGCACAAUAUCCUCGAGCAGUGAACUCAGUACUGAACGACUUCUACGUGGAUGAUUUGCUCACGGGUACCGAAGACGUAUUGGAGGCAGUUGAAAUGCGGGCACAGAUCUCAGAGAUGCUCAAAUCGGCUGGAUUUUCAUUAAAAAAGUGGGCCUCUAACGUACCGGAAGCACUACAGAACAUCCCAUCGGAGGACUUGGCAGUUCUCCCGACGCAUGAGUGGCAAGAUCCCCAAUUCGUAUCCACCCUGGGGCUCAUGUGGGAACCAGCAACUGAUAUGCUUCGCGUGCGGAUUGGUCUACCAACUGUUGCUCCGGUGAUGACAAAGCGGCUAACACUAUCAUACAUAGCGAAAAUCUUUGACCCCCUCGGAUUGCUGAGUCCAACCAUAAUCAUCGCUAAGCUCUUCAUGCAGCAAUUGUGGUCGUUAAAGACAAACGGGAAAUCAUGGGACUGGGAUUGUGAGCUACCAUCACAUCUCCAGCGGGAAUGGUCGGCGUUCCAUUCUAAGCUUCAUUCACUGCGUGAAGUGAGCAUCCCGCGAUACACUUCGGUUAAACAAGCAACAUGUGUGCAGCUGCACAUCUUCGCGGAUGCUUCGCAGGUAGCAUAUGGUGCUUGUUGCUACGUCAGAGCAGAAAGCCAGCACAAAAUAUCGGUACAACUAGUGGCAGCCAAAUCCAAGGUUGUUUCUCUGACAAACACAAAUUCAAUCGCCAGAUUAGAGCUCUGUGCGGCGAGAUUGGCAGUAGACUUGUUCCGGAAGGUCAUUCAGUCUCUCAACGGCACUUACGAAGCAUUCGCUUGGACUGAUUCUAUGACCGUUCUACACUGGCUGAAUUCUACACCUCGACGAUGGAAGCCAUUUGUGGCAAACAGGGUGGCUCAGAUUCAGGAAGAGACCAGAAUCAAGGGCUGGGAGCAUGUACCCGGUGUAGACAAUCCAGCAGACGAUGUGUCACGAGGUCUACUUCCAGACAAAUUGCUGGAUUGUCAUCGUUGGUGGCACGGGCCACAUUGGUUAAGCAGGAAGAUAGAAGAUUGGCCUCAGAGUGAACCUGCAAGAGACGAGAUCGAAUCAUCAGAGGAAGAACGAGUUCAACCGCGCAUGGCUGCUGUGUCCACUAUAAACGAGUUUAGCAGCACACUCUUCAAACGAUUCUCCAUUUACCAUAGGCUCAGGCGAACUAUGGCGUAUUGCUUACGUUUCAUCAAUUGUCUAAGGGCAGGCAAAUCAUCACAUACUCCAUCUACAAAAUCUCAUGCCACGGUUCAGGAGCUGAUCACGUUAGUUCCAUUACUGACAAAGACUUUACGGCGUUUCGUGGCACGCAGAGGGAGGAUAGCGGAACUGCAUUCGGACAAUGCAACAACAUUUAAGGGUGCUGCACAUGAGCUUCGUCGCAUCCAUGAAAUGCUGAAAGGCAGCGAUCGUGAUCGUCGUGAGCUGUUCAACUGGUGUGCUAACGAGGAAAUCAAGUGGAAAUUCAUUCCACCACGGGCGCCACACUUCGGGGGGCUGUGGGAAGCUGCAGUCCGGUCGGCGAAGCAACACCUCAUACGCACUUUGGGAAGCACAAGCCUCACGCAGGAGGGUAUGAUUACGGUGCUAGCACAGGUUGAACAGUGCCUAAAUACUCGACCUUUGGUCCCACUUUCGAGUGAGCCCACGGAUAUGGAAGCGCUCACUCCUGGGCACUUUUUGAUAGGGUCAAACAUGCUAGCGUUGCCGCAGGUUGAUAGAAGUUCGGUUGCGCCAAAUAGGUUGAAGGAAUUCGAUCAAAUUCAACAUCAUGUUCAGAGCAUUUGGUCGCGUUGGUAUCCGGAAUACCUACAACAGCUACAGGCCCGCGCGAAACGUUUUAUGACUCAUCCGGUACCGCUAGAAAUAGGACAACUGGUUAUCAUAAGGGAAGAUAACAUACCACCUACCUUAUGGCCAACGGGAAGGAUAUCAAGUUUGCAUCCCGGAAAGGAUGGAGUAGUACGGGUAAUAACGCUCCGCACAGCGUCAGGAAAACAAAUUGUACGCGCAGUAAAUCGGGUAGCAAUCCUACCAAAUCCGGUUAGUAGCAAUUCAGAGGAGCUAGUCGAUAUUAUACCUGAAUAGUUUUCAACACAAACCACGCUACAUUGUUGACACUCAUAGUUGUCAGUUCACGAAAAAACAAAACACCAACAUACACACAGUUACACUCAUACGGAAUGUUAGGAGAUAAGCAGUUACAUGAAAUUCUAAAGCGAAAAGUAGAUUAGUAGAUCAGAACAUUACAUGAAUUUUUAAAGAAGUUCCUUCUUUGGUGGCCGGGAAUGUGAAAUUUACUGUUAGCUAUAAUUUUUAAAUGUUACAUGAAUUAUCUGUGAACUACGACGAAGGAACUUAACCACGAAUUAUAAACACACACUACUUGACGCUAUAAGGAUUGACAUUAAGGGACAAUUAGGACGAACUAUAAUGAACUUUGCAUGUAAAAUGAACUCGGACAAAUGAAUAAACAGUUGCAAACAGAACGGCGCCAAGACUGCACGGGUUUCUUUUCUAUACAUUUCUUUACCGCGAUAUUUUCCAGUUUCGAGAGUUUUUC